UCCGAAGCUAACAUGGCUGACGCUGUGCAAGUGGUGUGAGCCUUUGUUCGAAGCAAAUUCGUUUUCUGGACGUUACUGACAACCUUCCUGGAGGAAAAUUGCCCAUCAACAAUUCUACGAUAGAUCAUAAUCUUUGGACUCGUUGACGUUGUGUUAUUUUUGAGCUCAAGAUGCCUAAACGACAGAAGCCUACAGAAACUGAAGCUCCAGCUGCAGUUGAAGAUGUUCCCAAGGCUCCUUCAACUCCCAAGAGGAAAAGGAUGAAAGGAGAAGGAGGUGAAGUUGAUGAUGAACCAAAGAUUGAGACUGUGGAAGACAAGGAAGUUGUGAGUGAAGUUGAGGAUGAUGAUGGUGAUGAAGAAGAAGCUGAAACAAGUGACGAAAAGAAGAAGGGAAAAGGGAGGAAAUCUGUCACCAAAUCUCAGAUCUUCUAUUCAUGCAAAUAUUGUAAAACUUUUUUUACCAUAUAUGAUGAUUUUGCAGAGCAUGAAUUAUCUCAUCUAAGUCAGGGGUUGGUAGCCUGUGGGUUAUGUGGUAAAGCAUUUGCUCAUAGAAGUUUGUUGAAUUCUCAUAUCAAACAUCAUGCAAAUAAGAAAAUACAUGAAUGCUCUCGAUGUGGAAAGGUUUUCACUUCCAAGGGAAAUCUUCGCUCACAUGAACGUGUACAUUCUGGAGAGAAACCCUAUUCUUGUAGCCACUGUGUUAAAACCUUCAGUAGGAAAGAUAAUCUUGAUAAUCAUGUCAGAAUCCACACUGGAGAACGCCCAUUCAAAUGUUCAACAUGUGACAAGGGAUUUAAACAGAAGGGACACUUACAGGAUCAUGAGAGAUCUCACUCUGGUGAACGCCCAUAUGAAUGUGAACAUUGUAAGAAGGGAUUUGUACAGAAAAGUCAGUUGAUUACUCAUCUUCUACAACAUUCUGAUGACAAGCCUUACAAAUGUGAUGAGUGUGAGUAUUCAUGUAAACAAGUCAGCACAUUGAAUAACCACAAGAUUAAGGUACAUAAUGCAACCCCAAAAGCAUCUACUAAGUCUACACCUAGGCAGAUAGUUGAAAUAAUACAUCCACCAACAGAAGAAGAGGAGGAGGAGGAAGAAGAAGAAGAAAAAGAAGAGGAGCCAGAGCCAAGCACAUCUACUUCAAUUGUGUCUAAAGAGCAUAUUCGUAACAAACCCUACAAGAUAAUCUACCGUUGUGACAAGUGUCCAAGAGAGUUUGAAGAUAAGCCAGCACUAAUGUUGCAUAAGAAGGCCCAUACAGGUGAAGGAAAGUAUGCCUGUAACAGCUGUAAGAUUUCAUUCAAAGAUGUUGGUGAACUUGGUCAGCAUUUUGAAAGUACACACAGUGGUAAAAAAACUGAUGUUAUAGUUUCCCCUGUAAAGCAUUCCCCACAGAAGGAGGAAAACUCGCCCAAUAAAACUGUCAUCAAGAUCUCUCCAAAGAAAGAUUCACCUAUCACCAAGAAGAAUGUAACAGAGACUAAAUCUGUUAUCACAGUUUCACCAGUGAAGGAAAAACCAUCACCAUCAAGAGCUAAAAGAACCAUUGUCAUGAUGCCUCCUGAUGCUGAAGAAGAAUCUCCUAGAAGGGGUAGGAAACCUAACAAACCAAAAGAAGUACCUUCAAGAUCAUCACCAAGAGUCGGUAAAGAACCUGCUUUUGUGGAAAAGAUAGAAAAAUCUACCAAAUCUGAUCUGGCAAAAGCUAAUAAAUCCAUCAAACCUGCUGAAAUGACAGAUAAGUCUGCAAAAUUGGUCAAGGGAAAGACGGAAACAAAAUCUGCUGUGGAAAAAGCAGACAAAUCGAUCAAAUUGGUUGAGGAAAAGGCAAAUAAGUCAACCAAGUUGGUUGAGAAAAAGACGAGCGUUUCAACCAAAAUUGUUGAGGAAAAGGCAAGCAAGGGAAACGAAAGUAAGUCCACCAAAACUGUUGGAGACAAAUUCACCAAAUCUGUGGUCCAAAAAACAGAAAUAAGAGUAGAAAAAACAACCAGAUUGUCCAAGGUAAAAACAGGUACUGACAGGCUCACACGUUCUGUCACUGAAAAUCCAACAAGAACAACCAGAUCUGCUAUGGAUAGGCAAGAAAAAGAAACAAAAUUACCAGAGGAAAAAUUGACCAAAGCAAAAUCUGUAAAAGAUUUAAAGGAAAAGCCAAAACCAAGUGAAAAACGUAUUGAAAAAGAUAGUUCAGUAACAAAGUCCAAGAAGCAAGAACCUGUACCACCUAAAGAGAAACCUGUGGCAUCUAGGAGGUUCACAAGGUCUCGUCUACAAGCUGCACCCAAAGUUGAUUCAAAUAAAAGACAACCUACUUCUCUUAAAAGACCUCAGCAGGGUAAAAGUGCAAAUGAUGAUGUACAAUCCCCUCCAGUGAAGAAGAAAGUUAGAAUAGCUUCACCUGCAGUAACGCCACCAGUUAAAGUCCGUAAGACCCCUGACAGAAAACAGAAACUGAAAGUAUCAUUUCCAAGUCCAAAAAUAAGGCGUGGAUAUAAACAAGUAGAGUGCAGAGAAAUGGGUACACAGACAGAUGAGGGAGAAAAUAAAGGCGAAAAAACAAUUACACCAUCAACACAACUUCCUACAAAACAGCAUCCAACUGAUGCCUCUUCAAAAAAACAGAGUGCAGUUGAGAAGAAUGUUCCAUCUAAACGAGUAGGUAACAAAAAAGAAGCAUUGCAGGAAAAAGGUAGACAGCAGGAGCCAAAAAAAUCUUCAGGAAAGAGGACUUUGCCCGGAAAGACAAAAGAGGGUAAAAAGAGAGAAUAUGGACUGUCUGGGAUGGAAUGUUGUGAAGCAUUGCUGAAAAGCUGUGAUGUUGAAAUGGAGGAUAUAUCAAAAGACAGUGCUGGAAAAAGCAAAGUAAUGAAAGCAAAGGUUGUAGCAGGUGUGCAAAACAUAAGCAAAGCUAAAUCAAGUGCUGGAAAGAAAGGUGACAAAACAGAUAACAAAUCUGUUAAAAUUGUUGAGGUGGAAGAUAAAACUGUGAAGAUAACACACUCCCAUCCUAUUAAAGAAAAAGAAGCAGCAAAAGAAAGUGUUUUCAAGGUUCCAUACAGAGUAGAUGCAGCUAAAGGAAAGACUAAAGAAACUGUUAGCAAUAGUGAAAGUGUUGAAGAAAGUAAACAGCCCAGUAAAGUACAGAGCUCUUCUGGAAAUAAUGAGUUACAUGAGAAUAUAGAAGUUGUGAGCAAAGAAAAGUCUGAUGAGUCAAAUAAAAACGUGGAAGUUGUUGAGAGUCAAGAAAAAAAUAAUGACCCACUUAAGAACCCAGAAGUUGUUAAGAGCCAAAAAAAAUCCAAUGGUCCACUUGAAAAGGUAGAAGUUGCUGAGAGCCAAGAAGAAACCAACGAGCCACUUAAGAACUCAGAUGUUGCUGAGAGCUUAGAAGAAUUGAAUAAGGAUAAUGAGAUUAUUGAAAUAGCAAGACAUGGCAUAGACCAACAGAAAGAUACAUCUGCUGAUAUUAUUGUGAUUGAAAAAUCUGAUGUGGAGGGCAAGAGAGAAGUAUCAGCUGCUGUGACCGAAGCUGAAAGUAGCAAUGUUGACAGUGAAGCUGAAGUACCAGGGGAUGCGAUUGCCGUUGACAGUCAUCCAAUGGUGGACAGUGAAAAAGAAAUUGUUGAAGUAAAAAGCAGCACAGAUAAGAUGAAUGUUUCUGCUAAAGUUGAGGAAGAUAGUAACAAUGAUAGUCAGGCAAAUGUUUCUGGUGAAGUUAGUAACUUAGAUAGUCAAGAAAGCAUAUCUGCCGAUGUAGUUGAUGUUGGUGACACUGAUACUAAGGCAGUUGUUCCAGCUGAAGUACUUGAAGAUGGCAACAUUGAUAAUCAAGGAAGUGUCUCUGUUAGUGCUGAAGAUUGCCAAGAAAGCAUGUCAGCUGGUGUAGUUGAAGUCAGUCAUAUUGACAGUCAAGCAAAUGCCUCUUCUGAAGUCAUUAAACAUGGUCAUGCUGAUAGUCAAGAAGGCCUAUCUGCUAAUGUAGUUGAAGUUGGUGAGGUUGAUAGUCAGGCAAAUGUCUCUGAUGAUGUGAUUGAAGUUGGUGUCAUAGACGGUCAAAGUGAGUCUGCAGAUGUAGUUGACAUUCGUGGGGUUGAUAGUCAGGCAAAUGUCCCUACUGAAGUUGUUGAAGAUGGCAACAUUGAUAGUCAAGGAAGUGUCUCUGUUAGUGCUGAAGAUUGCCAAGAAAGCAUGUCAGCUGAUGUAGUUGAAGUCGGUCAUGUUGAUAGUGAGGCAAAUGUCUCUGAUGAUGUGAUUGAAGUUGGUCAUGUUGAGGGCCACACAAGCGACACCGAGGAUGUGAUCGAAGUUGGUCAUGUUGAGGGUCAUGCAUACGUUUCUGACGAUGUGGUUGAAGUUGUAGAUAGCCAGGCAGAUACAACCAAUGACAUGAUAAAAAGCGUGGACACUCGGAUAGAUGAUCCUAUUAUUAUUGAAGAAAGUGGUCAAGACGAGAAGAAAGAAGCACAUUCUGAUGUUGUUGAAGUUGUGGAAAGUCAUGUUUCUAUGUCUGAAGAUGUGGUUGAAGUUGAAAGUAGCCAGGCAGUGGAUGAUAGUCAAAUUGGUUCUAGUAAAGAUGCUGCCAUCAGCAGUGCUGAUGUACCUGCAGAUGAAAUUUGCUCUAGCAGCACUGCUACUGUAAAUGAUAGCAGAAUAAGUAACCCACCUGUUUUAGACAAGGUUGAAACAGCUUUACCUACUGAUGGCAAUAUUGUAAACAACAUGAUAGAUAGUACUGUCACUGCUGGGGGAGAUGUUAUCUCGGCCACAGAGCCUCUGCUAGAGAAGAUCCAAGAAGCUGUUUCUGAGGCUGAACCACUUAUAGAAAAGUGCCCAGGAGGUGGUGACAUGCAGGAGGCAGCCGAUGACCAUCAAGAAGACAAGCAGUCUGAAACCAUUGUCGAAGUGCAGACAUGUGAAAAGGCACCUGCUCUACAAGCACAGGUGAUAACAGAAAAUGGUGCAAAGGAAAUAAAAACUUCAACUUCUGAUGUCGCCGAUAGUUGAAAAUGCAGAACUCUUAUUUCAGACUAGAAUUUACUGUUUUAAGUUAAUGCCUGUUUUGUAUGUGAAACAGGGGUGGACAAAGUUAAAAUUCAAAAUGGGUUGACACAGGUGGGCAUUUUCUACAACUCUGAAUAAUAGCCAACGUGUGUAAUAUAUCUAUACUAAUAAUUGUGGAGAGACCCUAGCAGAUUUUUACAUCCUUAGUGUUGUGGAAUACGUUUUUAUCAACAUUGUUGAACAGCUUUUAAUCAAUUUAAUUUGUUCCCCUAAAAUAUCUAAGCGCUACAGUCAUUGCUAUAGUACAGAUCUAUGAAACGAUACAGUGCCUUGGUUUUAAAUGAAAUGCCAUACAUAAAUAUAUAUUUAUACAUGUAUCAAGUUUAUUCAGUUUUUGUUCUUUAUUCCAAGUGUUUGUGAUUACUUGAUGAUGGAACAAAUAGGCUAAUCGAUUGGGUCUCUACUAUGUGAUUGCUUAUUGAUGGGUCUGUACUGCGCAAUGGCUAAUGAUUAGAAGGACUUAGUGAUCAUCUCAUCAAUACCUCGUUCUUUUAAUCGAUGUGACGUACACUAUCAAACCCCUGAUGAGCUGCAAAUGUUGUUUUAGUUCAUAUCAUAUAGACAUGUUCUUUUAAAAGUGAGGAGUUGGAAAACCGUAGAUGAUAUUAAUGAUGUUUUGAAUGUAUUACCUCUGUUGAUGUUGUAGCAACCUAAUUCAAAUUUGAAGGUUAGGUAGUAAAUCUGGUCACUUUAAAGAGAUGUAACUAACCAACUACCUAUGCAAAUUGUGCAUUAUCAGCUGCUAAUCAGAGCUUGUCUUACAGAACAUUAUGGUCUGUUUUAGUAAAGCAUGUUUUAAUUGGUUGGUGAGCUAUUUGCAUAGAUAGUUAGUUGAUCAGUAGUACAAGGUGUGAACGCCAGCAACCAUAGUCAGUGAUCACUGAUUAAAAGCAACCAGAGUCUUUUUCUUACAUCAGAUUUUAAUCAGAAUGGCAUAGUAGUAUGAAUACUUAAUUUGUAGACACUAGGGGCAUAUGGAAUAUAAUGUACAGUGAUAUAAGACAGUAGCAAAUACGUCUUGGGAAGUGUGUAUUUUUAACAGUAGACAGAAUACAUUAAUCAUCGAUUGAUUGAUUGAUUUAUAGGCUAGUUAUUGUAAAAUUAUCAAUCAAAUACCAGUAUGACUAGCAGUUCUUUAUAUGGCAAUUGUAUAUUAUAUUAUAUAAUGAAUGUAAGAACAUUUAUGUAACCAUGGUGAUUUAAUUUUUCUGGAUAACCCAAACUGCACUCAGAAAGCAUAUUCUAUUUGUGAAGGAGUUGUUUUGUCAUUGUUGGAUGUAAUUGCUUUACAUGAUUAUUAAUGCAUACAUUUUUGUUGCGGGUAAUGCAAAUGUUCCUGACAAUGUGGUUGACGUUACUUUGAAUAGGGACCUUUACAAACUAAAUGAUGAUGAGAAAGUUGUAAAUGUAACAUAAGCACUUAGACGUAUUUGGAAUUAUUAUACAUCUGUCACCGUAACGGCAUAAGUUACAGCGUGCCGUGAUUUGGCGGUAUUUUACGGGGUAUUUUUCAUACUACCAUAUUAGGAAAUGCGAAUUCCAAAUUUGGAAUGAUUACGUGCGUAAGCGUCCUCUAAUAAUAAAAACAAACAUGGCUGCUACCAAGAUUU